AUGAAGUUCCUCGCCGUUGUCGCCACCCUCGCCGCCACUGCCCUGGCCGCCCCAUCUGAGCGCCAGCAGCGCGACUCAUGCACGCCGGGCUGGUACCGCUGCGAUGCCAACGGCAAGGCGAUAGACGUGUGCGACGCCGAGGGCAAUUGGCUGGUGGCCGGGCCAUGCCCGGACGGAACCGUAUGCGACUACCUCCCCCAGAACGGGUUCAGCCUGCCGUUCUGCGUCAACCCGCCCGCCGAGAAGCGCGACCCAACGCCCCCGGCUUGCAAGCCGGCGACCUAUACCUGCGCCAACAACGCGACUAGUGGGGCGGAUGGUAUACAGGUCUGCGAUACCCAGAGCACUUGGCAGUAUGUCGGCGACUGCCCCAAAGACUCGCACUGCGAGUACUUCCCUAGCGGCAUCCCCUUCUGUGUCGCCAACUAG